GAGGCACCGAAAGCUGGAGUCUCUGUGCAGCAGCUUCGGCUCCAACAGCAGCAGGCGCAGCAGCAACCCCCGCAGCGGCGGCAGCCCCGGCGCCAGGAGGCCAAGGCCAAGGCCAGGCUCUGUGCGGCUCUCCGAGUAAUAGCCGCGGCUCCGGCGGCUGCGGGGGCGCAGCUUCCUCCAGCAGAGCCCUUCGCGUCGGCGGCCGCGGCCGCGGGGCCUCUCCUGCGCGCCCAGGGUCACCGUCCCCGAAGCCCGGCGGCGCGGCCCCCUCCCAGCCCCCCAUCCGUCUCCUCGCUCCCCUCAGCCGCCCUCCUCGCCGCCGCGUCUGCCGUUCCUCAGGCGGCCCGGCCCGGCCCGCCCGCCCCGCGUCCCCUCCGGCCGGUGCCUCUUCCCCCGGCGGGCUGCCUGCAUGUCUUUGCUGCCCUCAGCCCCGCCGCCACCGCCGCCGCCGCCUCCCCCGCCGCCGCAGCACCAGCACCAGCAGCAGCCGCCCCGCCGCCGCCGCCGCCGUCGCCGCCCGGACCCCGGCGCGCUGAAUGCAGACUAAUAGGGAUGCCAAAGGAAAAAUAUGAUCCUCCAGAUCCUCGCAGAAUUUAUACCAUCAUGUCAGCAGAGGAGGUAGCCAAUGGGAAAAAAUCUCACUGGGCAGAAUUAGAAAUCUCGGGUAGAGUGCGGAGCUUAAGUACAUCACUUUGGUCACUGACACACUUGACAGCACUGCACCUAAAUGACAAUUACCUUAGUCGCAUUCCACCUGAUAUUGCCAAGCUUCAUAAUCUGGUUUACCUGGAUCUGUCAUCCAAUAAACUCAGAAGUUUACCAGCAGAACUAGGAAACAUGGUGUCUCUCAGGGAAUUGCUUUUAAAUAACAAUCUGUUACGGGUUUUGCCUUAUGAACUUGGUCGGCUCUUCCAGCUACAAACUCUAGGUUUGAAAGGCAAUCCUUUAUCACAGGAUAUUCUCAAUUUAUACCAGGACCCAGAUGGAACCCGAAAGCUACUGAACUUCAUGCUUGACAAUCUUGCAGUUCAUCCAGAGCAGCUUCCUCCGAGGCCAUGGAUUACAUUAAAAGAACGAGACCAAAUUCUGCCAUCAGCAUCAUUCACGGUUAUGUGUUACAAUGUGUUAUGUGAUAAAUACGCCACCCGGCAGCUAUAUGGCUAUUGCCCAUCCUGGGCAUUAAACUGGGAAUACAGGAAAAAGGGAAUUAUGGAAGAAAUUGUUAACUGUGACGCAGAUAUCAUUAGUCUUCAGGAAGUGGAAACAGAGCAAUACUUCACUCUCUUUCUGCCAGCAUUGAAGGAGCGUGGAUAUGAUGGAUUUUUUUCUCCAAAGUCACGUGCCAAAAUCAUGUCUGAGCAGGAGAGAAAGCAUGUGGAUGGUUGUGCAAUAUUCUUCAAAACAGAAAAAUUUACAUUGGUGCAGAAGCAUACAGUGGAAUUUAACCAAGUGGCAAUGGCUAAUUCAGAUGGAUCCGAAGCUAUGCUGAACAGAGUGAUGACAAAAGAUAAUAUUGGUGUCGCUGUGGUAUUAGAGGUCCACAAAGAACUAUUUGGAGCAGGUAUGAAGCCUAUUCAUGCUGCAGACAAACAGCUGCUUAUAGUGGCAAAUGCCCACAUGCAUUGGGACCCAGAGUAUUCUGAUGUGAAACUCAUUCAGACCAUGAUGUUUGUCUCAGAGGUUAAAAACAUUCUGGAGAAAGCCUCAAGUAGGCCUGGCAGCCCAACUGCAGAUCCUAAUUCCAUCCCGCUGGUGCUAUGUGCAGAUCUUAACUCAUUGCCAGAUUCAGGUGUCGUGGAAUAUUUAAGCAAUGGAGGAGUAGCUGACAACCAUAAAGACUUCAAGGAACUAAGGUACAAUGAGUGUCUUAUGAACUUCAGCUGCAAUGGAAAGAAUGGAAGCUCAGAAGGGAGAAUCACACAUGGCUUCCAACUGAAGAGCGCCUAUGAAAAUAACUUGAUGCCUUACACCAAUUACACCUUUGAUUUCAAAGGCGUGAUUGACUACAUUUUCUAUUCCAAGACUCAUAUGAACGUGCUUGGUGUCCUGGGGCCUUUAGAUCCUCAAUGGCUGGUUGAGAACAACAUCACUGGGUGUCCACACCCUCACAUCCCUUCAGACCACUUCUCACUGUUAACACAACUUGAACUCCACCCUCCACUCCUGCCUCUUGUCAAUGGUGUUCACUUGCCUAAUCGGAGGUAGUGGAGUACUGCCCCGCAAAGACGGGGAUCUGUUACUAUGGACCUGUACAGUUGUAAAUCAAAGUAUGUAGGAGUGAAGUAUGGCCAUCCUUAAGCUGCUUCUUCAGGUUCCUUUCAUUAUGUGUUUGCUAUAAGAUUUUGUACAAUUUUGUGCAUAUUGGUAUCAUUUGGCACUAGGGCUGGAACCAAAGUAUUAUCACUCUCUUUCCAAAUUUUUAAUUUAACAUGUUUUUAAGUUGGACCUUCUUCAUAUUAUAUUAGGAGUCAGCAUUCAUAAUUGAUAAAUCACCGAUUCAGGGCCCAACAACAGGGUAUUUGUUUUUCCAAAACAAAUACUUUCUUUUGAAUGGUUUCAAGUGAGCCAACCAUUUUUCAUUUUUGUGAAAGGCAGUUUUUAAAAACUAUAAAUAUAAGAUUUUAAACUGAAUGAUGGCAUGCCUUGCAGGAAACUUCCUUGAAUUUCUGUUUUCCAUGAUAACAAACUGAUUUUUGGCUCCCCAGUCAUUUGCACAUUAACAAAGCACUUAAAUUUGCUAGAUCUGUACAUAAACUAGCCAUAAUGAGAAAAACUGAGGAAUGAAAGGUGAUUGCACAAUAUGCUUUCAAAAUCAAGCAUUUAACAGCACACAACAAUUUGUUGGGCAAGUGCUGGUUGAUUUUUUUUAUUUGUUUGUUUUGUUUUUUGAGGAAUCAUUCUGUAUUUUGUUCCCCUAUUAGUUAUAACCUUACUAGAAGUAUUAAUUCUAAGCCUGUCUCUUCAGUUUCUUUAUGGGAAAACAACGGGUAAUUUCUGCUGCCACACAUCUUGAAAAUAGAAUUUGGUCUAUUUAGGAUGCCCACAAAAUUAGUGUCCAGUAUUUUUUAUUGUUUCCAUCCACCCUUUUCUGCCUGGUUGUGCUGGAAAAAACAGAUAUUAUAUGAUCUGUAUCAUUUUUGCUGUUAUGGUCAAAUGUUUAAAAAAUAACUACUGAAUGAAAAGGCCCUGAUCAAAGUUUGAGAAGAAGAAAGCUACAAAUAUUUCAUGUGUUUCCCAGAGUAGGUCAAGUGGCUGUUGGUUUUGGCUUUUUGAGGUGACAGUGGGAAGGAUUUGGGAGAGAGCGAGAACAGGGAGUAGUUGAAAACCUUGGAUCAUUUUUCCUGACUCUAGUUGCCAAAUGGCCAUUAUAUGCUUUUAAUCUUUGUUUCCGUUGUCUGUCAGGGUUGAAUUAAGAAGCUACUGGUUUAUUCCCAACUGUUGAUGCUCUUUAGAUAUGUUGGAAUCCUUUUUUCGCCCAGGAGGGGCCAGUUGAAAGUCUGUGACUCAAGAGGCAGUGAUUGAAAUACCGUUUAACGGGGGAAAAAUUGGUUGGCUACUUGAUGUUAAUAAUGGCACAGUAACAGGAAAAGGUUGUGUCUGUGUUUUUAAGUUUUUCUUUAUUCUGCUUUUUUGCUGCUAUAAGAGUUUUCUGAAAUUUAUAUUUUAAACUUUUCAUGCACUUUACUGUUUCUAGUCUCAAAAUGUGAUAUUUUUAAUAAACAAGAAACUUUCCAUUAUGUGAAUGAAAUUUUAAAAGAAAAUAGCCUAUAUUUGUGUUUCACUAAUAUAUAAAGUACAGGUCAAAUUUAAAUUAUUUAAUUAGUUUUAAAUAUAUACAAUUUGUCUCCUCUAUCAAACCUGACAUCUUAGGCUGUUUUAUUAGUCUUAAAUGAUGCAUUUCCUUUGGUCAUUUUAUACUAAUUUCUUCCAUAGUAAAUUAAUCAGGCUACAUAAUAUGAUAUUUCCCCUGAAGGGUAAUUUUAGUGCAACGAGGGAGGUGGGUUGAUGUAAUGUCAUAUAUGGGAUUGCAUCAGAAGGGUUCUGUAAAGCCUAAACUCCCUUUUAAAAGUGCCUAGUGAUAGAGGCGUUGUUUGUCAUCUAUUAUAAUUGGAAUGUCAUUGUAGUUGAGUGAAGUUUGAUGUAAAUAAAAUAUUCUUUUAAAAAUGUCAAGAUAUCAGAAUAAACAAAAUAAACGAAGAAACAACCCUUAAGAUGACAGAUUUUCCUCAGUGUGCAGGUAUCCCUUCUUAUAUACCUCAAGCAUUCAACAUCUAGCCAUGCAAAUUGAUUACAUAGUACUGGAAAGUAGAAUAGCAUGAAAAACUUAAUUUUGUGGACAUUACCUUUUUUUGUAAUCAGCUACUGUAUGUUUUAUUUUAAAUCUUUUGUUUUGGGUGGGUUUUCUGCUCUGGAGGUAUAUGCACUAACAAAACAUUUUCCUCCUUUCAUCUACGCAUGUUAAUUAGCAAUGUGAGCAAUAUUUCUUACCAUACUUCACUCCCAAUAUUUUUUGAGAUGUUUGUAUAAAAUGGAAUUUAAAGUUCACUUAUGAUUGUAUAUGAACCACAGAGGAGCCCAUUUAUUAAUAAAAAACUUUUUUAAUAGUUAAAUGUAGAGGGAAAAAUAAAAAAAAUUGGGAAACAUUGUAAACAGCUUAAGUUUAUUUUGUGUAUGAUUGAGGCACUCUGUUGCAGGAAGGUGUGUAAUUGGGUUCUCUCUGCUUCCAAAUGCACUCUUUCAAACCAUUCAUUAUCCUGUGUAUUUUUAAUGUGGUUUUAGUAAAUGUUGGUAGUAGCUCUGUUGAAGUAGGUAAUUGUGUUAUGUUUUGGGUGGCAAACACACUUGGGGCAUGGUGACCCAAAUUUCAUGUGCACGGUUUCCCUUUAGCCCACUGCCCAAAUUUCACACACCCUUCACCCUUUGUUCCCUUUGUAAAAGGAGUGGUAUCUGUUUUGAGCUGCCAAUUCAGAUGAUCAGAAAUGCUGCUCUCCUCAGUAUCGUCUUGUUAAAAACGCAUGCCAUUUGGACCUUUGGCAUGAAAAGCCAAAAGGAAGAGGUGAAUGACAUAUGGUAUAUAUUCAGUGAAAGUAAAAUAUUUAUGCUCAUAUACUUUCUGGUUCUCAGAAUAAGUUAAUAAGCUUUAUGCCAUGGGGCUGCUGCAUAUUUUAUCUGAAGAUGAGAGAAAAUUUGGGCAUUUUUAGAUUGUGAUAAUGUUUUCUUUUAACUGUUAAAUAUGAUUUCUGAUAUUUUUCUAAGAACUGGAGUGUUCUUUAAAUUUAUUGAAACAGUGCUGUUUGAGGAGGGGAAAACUGCACUAUCUGGCAUUACAACAGUCACACAGUGCGUGUCGUCACCCACUCUCUCAGGCAUCAGUAUCCGCCUCAUAGCUUUACACAUGUUGAUGGGGAGUCUUGCAGCAUCCUCAGGACUGACAUCUGGGAAAGGCUCAGAUCCACUUACUGCUCCUUGCUUGUUGACUUUGUUUUAAAAUAUUGUGCCUGGUGUCAACUUUUAAGCAACAGCACUGCCUAAAAGCAAGCAGAGAACAGAAUCCCAGCACCAUUCUAUAGGCAACUUUUUAGAAUUCAAAUAUAGUAAGUCUGUUCAAGAUUUAUGAUGUUUUAUGUAAAAAACAAUUUUUGUACAACGGAGCUGAAUAUCUUUGUUUCGUUUCUUUGAUGUAAGGCGUGUGGACGUUCGUUUCAAUGUCACAUGUUAAAGUCAGGUAUGGCGCAAUGGGUUCUGAGACCAGCUUUUCCUCCCUCCCAUUGGCCUCGUUCCGAGCUCUUUCUUUUCAAAUUACUUUUCUGAUAUUCGUAGGCAAAUAUUUAAUUUUAUACUAAUCGGCAUCCUGUGUGAAUGUAGUAAAGAAGCCACUGUGUUUUAGUGUUGUAGUUGGCAGAAAUAUAAAGCUUCGUUUCUUAUUUGUCCCUA